AUGAUUCGGCGGCAGAAGAAAUUCCUCCCACCUUCUUCCUCUGCUUCUCUGCUUUUCCCUCCCAAAAAAAAAUAUCGUCUUUUCUCUUCCAUCUCGUCAGGUACCUUCCGGCUGGACGGGAGGGUGCUUCUCAUGGAAAACCUCGCGGAGAACGAAAUGCUCGUGGACGAGUAUGAGCAGUACCCUAACGAGAAGACCGAUGUCGUCGUCGUAUCCCGGCCUGGCUCCGACGAGCCCAACUCAAAGCCGACCGCUGAUGAUCAUGCUGCAAUGAUGGCUCGGGUCCUUCCUAAGAAUCCCGAUCUCGAGACCGAGGACGAGACACAUCACACAUGGCAUAUCCGCGACUGGCGGAAAUUGGACCGCAAGCUGCAUGGGCCGGCUUUCAAGUGCGGCGGGUUCCCUUGGCGCAUUCUCUUUUUCCCGUACGGUAACCAUGCCGAGCAAGCUUCGUUUUACCUGGAGCAUGCGUGGGAGGGGGACUUACCCGAGAAUUGGUAUGCCUGCGUGCAAUUUGCACUGGUGUUGUCAAACGUCAACGAUCCCUCCGUCUAUGUGCAUCACGUUGCGACUCACCGGUUCAACGCUGAAGAAGGAGACUGGGGCUUUACACGAUUUUAUCCCCUUCGAAGUCUGUUCAAUGAAGCCUGGGAGGGCCGAGACGUUCCGCUGGUACAGGACGACGAAGCAAUCAUUACGGCGUACGUUCGUGUGGUGAAGGACACCACUGGUGUCCUCUGGCACAGCUUUCAAAACUACGACUCCAAGAAGGAGACAGGCAUGGUGGGGUUGAGGAAUCAGGGUGCCACAUGUUAUUUGAACUCGCUUUUGCAAUCUCUCUAUUUCACCAAUGCUUUCCGCAAGGCUGUCUACCAAAUCCCAACCGAUCAGGAGGCUUCGCGCGAGAACAGCGCAUGGACGCUUCAGAGACUAUUCUUUAAUCUUCAGACCAACGAAUCAGCAGUCUCGACGACUGAACUCACAGAAUCCUUCGGCUGGCAGUCCAAUCAAAUUUUUGAGCAGCAGGAUGUCCAGGAGCUUUCGCGGAAGCUCAUGGAGCGUUUAGAGCACAAGAUGAAGGGCACAGUGGCUGAGAAGGUCUUGCCGGAUCUAUUUGUUGGCAAAACAAAGACUUACAUCUCUUGCAUCAAUGUCGACUACGAGUCGUCCCGCGUGGAAGACUUCUGGGACAUUCAACUGAACGUUCGCGGCAACAAGACCUUGGAUGACAGCUUCAAGGACUACAUCCAAGUUGAGACGCUGGAAGGUGAAAACAAAUAUGAUGCUGGCCCGCCCUACGGUUUGCAGGACGCCAAGAAGGGCGUGAUCUUCGAAAGCUUCCCGCCGGUUCUGCAUCUUCACCUCAAACGAUUCGAAUACGACCUCAACCUUGAUGCCAUGAUGAAAGUCAACGACCGACACGCCUUCCCGAUGGAAUUCGACGCCUCUCCUUAUCUGUCUGCCGAUGCGGACCGCUCCGAGUCUUGGGUCUAUCAACUGCAUGGCGUCCUCGUUCACAGCGGUGGCUUGGAAGCCGGUCACUACUAUGCAUUUUUGAAGCCUACCAAGGAUGGUCACUGGUACCGCUUUGAUGACGACCGCGUGAACCGGGCCACGGACAAAGAAGUUCUGGAGGAGAACUACGGAGGAGAAUACGAGCUUGCGAACGGGGCAGCUGGUGUUCGACAGCCAUACACCCGGACUCUCUCCACGAAGCGGUCGAUGAACGCUUACAUGCUGGUCUACGUUCGAAAGACAAGACAAGAUGAUGUUCUUCUUCCCAUCACCGAGAACGACGUGCCUUCUCAUAUCGAACAGCGUUUGGCCGAAGACCGGGCGGAAAUGCUGCGCCGGAAGAAGGAAAGAGAGGAAGCUCACUUGUAUAUGAAUGUCGGCGUCCUCACUGAUGACUCAUUCAAAUCCCACCACGGCUUUGAUUUGACCAGCAUGGAGUUGCCAGCUGAAGACCCAGCGCUGCCGAAGCAGUACCGAAUUCUUCGAACGAAGAAGGUCAGCGAAUUUGCCCAGGAAAUUGCGGAAGAGCGGGAACUCAGGCCAGAAGCAAUUCGAUUCUGGGUCAUGGUGAACCGUCAAAACAAGACAACUCGGCCCGACCAGGUGAUCCGAGACCCAGAAAUAACCGUGGAAGAAGCCUACAACAAAUUUGGCACGAAAGGAAACUAUUUCCGUCUGUGGAUGGAGGUAGCCUCGCUUGGCGCUGAUGGACAGCCUUCGGCGUGGCCCGACAGCGACUCAGUGCUUAUCUUCCUGAAGAACUUUGAUGCCGUGGCUCAGACGUUGACCGGGGUUGGGUCUUUGUAUGUCCACAAGAUCCAGAAGGUCAGCGAACUGGCACCCACCAUUCUCGCGAGAAUGAACUGGCCCGCGGGGGCGGAAUUUAUACUUUAUGAGGAAAUCAAGCAUAACAUGAUCGAUGUCAUGAAGCCCAAGCAGACAUUCCAGCAAUCUGAGAUCCAAGACGGUGACAUUAUCACUUUUCAACGGACAGUGAAGGACUCGGAGCUACCUCCCACGGCUCUCUAUACGGAUGCGCGGCAGUUCUACGAUUAUCUUCUAAACCGCAUGGAUGUUACAUUUGCUCCCAUCAAAGCCAGUGAAGGUGACGAAUUUACCUUGACACUCAGCCGCAAGAUGACCUAUGACCAGUUUUCCAAAAAGGUUGGCGAGCACCUGCAGGUGGACCCGACUCACCUGCGGUUUGCACCCGUGAUGGCCAGCACUGGCAAGCCCAAGCCGUUCCUCAAGCGGACCAUUGCCCAAACUCUGGCUCAGGUCCUCAAUGGCCAGUAUGGCGCUUAUGGCUACACCAUGCACCGGUCAGAUGCUCUGUACUACGAAGUUCUGGACAUGAGCUUGAGCGACUAUGAGAGCAAGAAAUGUUUCAGGUUGACCUGGCUGCCGGAUGGAAUCACGAAAGAGGAAGUUGUGGAGGUCCUUGUCUCUCGCAGCGGAACCGUUUCGGACCUUCUGGCUGAAUUCCAGAAAAAGACAGAUGUUAAAGAUGAGGCGAUCCACGAAAUGCGGCUUUUCGAGGCACACAGUGGGAAGAUCUACAAGGAACUGCGGGAUGACUACAAUGUGGCAUCCAUCAACGAAUACUCAACGAUCUACGCCGAGCAAAUCCCGGCUGAAGAAUUGAACCUGGAGGGCGAUGACCGAGUGAUCAACGCCUUCAACUUCGACCGGGAACCCAACCGGACCCACGGGAUUCCGUUCAAAUUUGUCGUGAAACAGGGCGAGGUUUUCAAGGAAACCAAGCAGCGUCUCUCCAAGCGGACGAGCAUCAAGGGCAAGCAAUUCGAGAAGAUCAAGUUCGCCAUUGUGCCUCGCGGGUCCUUCUCCAGCCCUCGGUAUCUGGAAGAUGAUGAUAUCCUGUCAGAUGUGGCGACCAACACUGAGGACUUGCUGGGACUUGACCAUGCAAAUAAGAGCCGGAGCUUCUGGGGGAAGAGUGAAGGGUUCUUCAUUCGAUAA